AUGUCCGACUCAGUUGCGAGAGACGAACAACCAAGAAAGCCAGUAUUUAGGGCUUCCGUAUUAGGUCAGAAAGCUGAUGAAGUGUGGUCACAGACCAAGAAAAACUUCGAUUCCUCCUCAUCCUCGAAGCAUCUCGUAUUAGAAAAGAAAAACCUUAGCGAUGUUCUAGCUAAAAUGGCUGCUGAGAAACGAGAGAAGGAAGAGAAAUCCAAAGAACAACCUUCUUUUGUAUUUGGUUCAAAUAUUGCUUCACGUGUUAUUAUUGAUAAUGAAGUUACUGAGGAAACUGAUGAUAAUGCUCCGGUGAAAGCAGAAGAAUUAUUCAAAAAUGUAGCAUCGAAUCCCGAAGAGAAAACGGAAAGUAAUCCAGAUAAAUUCCGUGCUGAAGCAGAAGCUGCUGCAGCUACCGAGAAACAGAAAAUUGAAGAAAGACAACAGGCAAGCACAAGCGUUACUGUCAUAACAGGAGAGGAGGACGAUGAAGUCAUGCAUCAGACGGCUUGCAAGCUUCAUAUUUUCGAUAAAGAAAAGAGCAAAUGGGUUGAGAAAGGACUCAGUCAUAUUAAGUUGAACCGUAGGAGAAUUAAUGGAGAUUCGCAUUUCCGAAUAGUUGCUCGCACGGCCGGAAAUCAUCGUGUGGUUAUCAAUUCAAAAAUUAUAAAUGAUAUGAUCUUGGAGCGUGUCGACCAGAAACGGAUAAAGAUCAGUGCAAUGGGACCCGAUUCUACUCAAAUGCAAAUUUUUUUGAUCACAAUUGGAUUCUCGAAAACUGAUAUCAACGUCGAACAAUUCUACGAAUCGUUACGAAAUGCCUAUGAAGCAGAGAAAAGUUCGGGGAGAAAACGGAAGGCUGUCGAUGACGAUGAAGAGGAAGGCUUAGCUUCUAAGAAAGGUGCUGUCAGUCAUGAAACUUCAUUAGAAAAUGUUCCAAAUGAAGACGAAGAUUCGAGAAAAGAAGAUGAAAGCGAAGUUGAAGAUAAUGAUGAAUCGAAUGAUGAUUAA